CGGUCGGAUGUCGCCUGACCGGAUGGUCGCUGGAAGUUUUGUUUUGUGAGUUUCGGCUGCGGAUAAAUUAAGUAGUUGUGCGGCGCGGGGGGGGGGGUGCGGUUAUAGAUAGAGACCCCGGAGACCCUUCACUCUGAUCCCGCCGCGCUUCUCAUUGACAGGCCGAUGAUCCAAGCCGCCUGACGGGGGAAAGUCAGCUCACUGGGAAGUAACCUGAGCAGCAGCUCCUCCUCACAGCAGCCGCUGCGCCUGGGUCCGGGUCGGGGAGCGGAGCGGAGCCGAGCCCGAGUGAAGCCAUGGGGAACCGGGGGAUGGAGGAUUUGAUCCCCCUGAUCAACAAACUCCAGGACGCCUUCAGCUCCAUCGGCCAGAGCUGCAACCUCGACCUGCCGCAGAUCGCCGUGGUGGGAGGACAGAGCGCCGGAAAGAGCUCUGUGCUGGAAAAUUUCGUCGGCAGGGAUUUUCUCCCCCGUGGUUCCGGCAUCGUCACCCGGAGGCCCCUCAUUCUGCAGCUGGUCAACAAUAAAGCAGAGUAUGCCGAGUUUUUACACUGUAAGGGGAAGAAGUUUGUGGACUUUGACGAGGUUCGGUCGGAGAUCGAGGCGGAGACGGACCGGAUCACAGGCACCAAUAAGGGCAUCUCUCCCAUUCCCAUCAACCUGAGAGUCUACUCCCCUAAUGUUUUGAAUCUGACUCUCAUUGACCUGCCAGGGAUGACCAAGGUUGCCGUCGGCGACCAGCCCCAUGACAUCGAGCACCAGAUUAGAGACAUGCUGAUGCAGUUCAUCACCAAGGAAAGCUGUCUGAUCCUGGCUGUUACACCAGCCAACACUGACCUGGCCAACUCAGACGCCCUGAAGAUCGCCAAGGAGGUGGACCCUCAGGGACUGCGCACUAUCGGCGUGAUCACAAAACUGGACCUGAUGGACGAGGGCACGGAUGCUCGAGACAUCCUGGAGAACAAGCUCCUCCCCCUGCGUAGAGGCUACAUUGGAGUGGUGAACAGAAGUCAGAAGGACAUUGACGGUCGGAAGGAUAUCCGAGCUGCUCUGGCCGCCGAGCGGAAGUUCUUCCUGUCUCAUCCAGCUUACAGACACAUAGCUGAGCGAAUGGGAACGCCGCACCUGCAGAAGACCCUCAAUCAGCAACUGACCAAUCACAUUCGGGACACGUUGCCAGGUCUGCGCAGUAAGCUGCAGUCUCAGCUGCUGUCUCUGGAGAAGGAGGUGGAGGAGUAUAAAAACUUCCGUCCUGACGACCCCACACGCAAGACCAAGGCCCUGCUGCAGAUGGUGCAGCAGUUUGGAGUGGACUUUGAGAAGUGUAUCGAGGGAUCAGGAGAUCAGGUGGACACGGUGGAGCUGUCCGGUGGCGCCAGGAUCAACCGCAUCUUCCACGAGCGAUUCCCCUUUGAACUGGUCAAGAUUGUGUUUGAUGAGAAGGAGCUGAGGAGGGAGAUCAGUCACGCCAUCAAGAACGUUCACGGUGUCAGAACCGGGUUGUUCACGCCUGACCUCGCCUUCGAGGCCAUCGUGAAAAAGCAGAUCCGCAAACUCAGAGAGCCGAGUCUGAAGUGCGUCGACAUGGUGAUGUCUGAAAUCGCCACCCUCGUCCAGAAGUGUUCCGACAAGCUGGGUUCCUACCCCAGACUCAGAGAGGAGACGGAGAGAAUCGUCACUACACACGUCCGAGAACGAGAGGGCAAGACCAAGGACCAGGUUCUGUUGCUGAUUGACAUCGAGCUCUCCUACAUCAACACCAACCAUGAGGACUUCAUUGGAUUUGCCAAUGCUCAACAGAGAAACCCACAUGUGAACAAGAAAAGGGCUAUACCAAAUCAGCUAGAUGGGCUACGAGAACCAGAGAAGGUCAUCCGCAAGGGCUGGCUGACCAUCAACAUCAGCAUCAUGAAGGGAGGAUCCAAGGAGUACUGGUUCGUGCUGACCGCCGAGUCGCUGUCUUGGUACAAGGAUGAAGAGGAGAAAGAGAAGAAGUACAUGCUUCCUCUGGAUAACCUGAAGCUCAGAGAUGUGGAGAAAGGCUUCAUGUCCACCAAGCACACCUUUGCCAUCUUCAACACUGAGCAAAGGAACGUUUAUAAGGACCUGCGUCAGAUCGAGCUGGCCUGUGACUCUCAGGACGAUGUGGACAGCUGGAAGGCCUCGUUCCUCAGAGCUGGCGUUUACCCUGAGAAAGAUCAGACAGAGGCAGAGGAUGCUGCUCCAACAGACACCUUCUCCAUGGACCCUCAGCUGGAGAGACAGGUGGAGACUAUCCGGAACCUGGUGGACUCGUACAUUGGCAUCGUCAACAAGUCCAUCAGAGACCUGAUGCCCAAGACCAUCAUGCACCUCAUGAUCAACAGUGCUAAGGAUUUCAUCCACUCUGAGCUGCUGGCGUACCUGUACUCGUCAAGUGAUCAGAACAGUCUGAUGGAGGAGUCAGCUGAUCAGGCUCAGAGGAGGGAUGAGAUGCUGCGUAUGUACCACGCCCUCAAGGAGGCUCUCACCAUCAUCGGAGACAUCAGCACCUCCACCGUCUCCGCACCUGUCCCCCCACCCGUCAACGACAACUGGAUCCCGGAGGCCAGCCCCACCCCUCAGCGCAGACCACCCGCUUCAGCUCCACCCCCCAGCAGGCCUCCAGCAGUCAGAGGACCCACCCCAGGACCUCCUGCUCUCAACCCCACCCCUGCUUUUGCAGCACCACCCAUUCCCUCACGCCCGGGUCAACCCAUGAACGCCUUUGGAAACAGCAGCCAGGACCCUUUCAGUGCACCACCUCAGAUUCCCUCUCGCCCCGCCCGAGUGCCCCCGGGGGUGCCUAGCCGAAGACCUCCCAACGCCCCCCACCGGCCCACCAUAAUCCGCCCCGCAGAGCCUUCCCUUCUAGACUAGGAGAGUAGGCUCCGCCCACGCUCCCCACUCAGCUGCGAAUCGGGGCCAAGAGAAAAAGAGAGAGAGAGAGAGAGUGAAAUAAAGAAAGAGUAUAGAGCGAGAGAGAGAGAGUGAUGUCAGAGAGUGAUGUGAGGCUACAGGGCUCGAGCACUUGCAGGUUAAUGUGAAUAUAUAUAUAUAAAUAUAUACAUCAGCCUAAACCACAGACCUGCCUGGUUCACUCAAACUCAAACUGUCGUCCGAACGCUGCUAACUUCCUCCUGUACUUCUGUGUUUAAAGCCCUGGGACUGAAUCUAGGCUCCCGAUGCAAAAAAAACAACAAAAAAAAAAAAACAUUUAGUAGACGUUUCUGGUUUGUUUUUGACUUUUGGGUGUUUUUUUUUUUUCUUUUUUUUUUUUUACUUUUUGGCUUCCAGACUGUUAUUUCUCCGUUGACCACCAGGGGGCAUAUUGUAAAACCUCUACAGACCCUCGUUUGCUCUGGUUUUGCUUUGAGUGUGGGAUUAAGAGUUAAGAGCGUGUUUUCAUUCUUAUCUCUGAUAUUUUGGGAAAAGUUUUCUAUAAAACGCUGUUUUUCUGACUAGCGGUGAUCCGAGCAGACCUGUAGCCAGACCCUUCCACUCUCCAGCUUUGGCGUCUCUCGAGCCCAGAUUAAGAUUAUGUGUAAAAUACACUGUUUAACAUGUUUUAGAGGGGCUGGGAUGUUUUCUGUUUUCUUGACUAACUGAUAUCAUGCUGAAAAAAACAAGAUACCAUUGUUAUCAUUAUUGUUAUGACUCGAUAUGGUUUGAGGGAUUGCUUUUUCUUGGGUUUCUUCUGGGGUUUCAUUUUUCAUUCAGAAGCGUGUACAGAGCUCAUGGGACACCCAGUUCACGUUUGGAGGUCGGACGAUAAAUCGGACGUGAGAUCAGACACAUGCUUCAGAAAAAAAAAAGCAGAAAUGCUUUUUUUUUUUUUUUUUACCAUCAGUGACUGUAAAUACACAUCGUUCCAGUUAGCAGAGGGAAGUGAUGAACACUGGGAGUUAUGGAAAUUUGCGAUUGGAAUCGACGUAAAAAAAAAUAAGAGAGCACUUAGACUGUGUUUAGUUAUUUCGAUCAGGAGUUUUGAUUGGCCGAGCUGAGGUGUGCGUGUGCGCGUAUGUAUUUUUGUUUAUACAUAAUAAUCUGUGUAUAUGAAAAAGUAAUCCUGGAAGCACAAUAACCACUCGCGAUUAUUUCUUUGGGUGGGGAGGCGGGGCCUUGUUUAAGAUAGCGUCUCAGGUGACAGCCGUGUUUUAGCGUUUCCCGUACGUUAACAUAGUUUUAGCUAGCUUAGUUUGGGUUUGGUUUGCGUAAUUUAAGUUAAUCUCUCGAGGCCUUAUGAUUGGCGCUGUUUCACGUUCAGGGAAGGAAGGACAGGGUGUUAUUGAUGAGCCACAUUCAUUGAUUGAUUGAUGAUUGGUUGAUGGAAUAAUCGAUGAUAAUGUAGACGCAGCUUAUGGCAAAAGAUGGUUCUUCGGUUAUCACUGCAGAAAAUGAUAUCUUGACAAGUGAGAUCAUCUAAAAUCAAGUCUAAAUCCCUGUUUAAAGUGUGAACGCACCCGUACCUCGUUUAAAACUGAUUCAAAUCUGAGUCAGAUUAAAUCAACACCCAAAAUUCCUCCAAGCAGAAUCAAAACACCAGUAAUAAUUGCUAUUUGGGACAAAAUAUAUGAAUGAAAAUGUACUCAUUGUGCAGCAGUCUGUCUGACUUUAGACGUAUUUGCUAAAAAUAAGUGCAUAUGGUUAAAAUCUAGUCAGGAUAAAUGGGGACUAAAAAUCUCCUCUAUAUUUAUCGAUUAUUAUAACACAGAUCAUUUUACCCAUUUAAUACAAAUAUUUGCUUGAAAUAAGGAGUUGUAAAAACCUGUAAUGGUCUUCUUUUGGCAUUCUUAAGGCCAAUCUAUGCUUCUGUCAAAUUCAUUAAAUUGUAUACCGUAGCCUAUUUGUAGCAGUUUACCCAACACUACGGGUGGGACAGUAUAUCAACAUCUCAAUAUAUUGUUUUGAUUUCGUUUGCGAAUAUCUAUAUAUAUAUCAAUAUAUAUAUAUAUAUAUAUAUAUUUUUUUUUUUUGUAUUUGAAACAUAGGUGCCCUAAACGCCCAAAGACUCACCCCUCAAUUUAACUUAUUCGACUAAAGUUGCUGCUUCAUUACUCCACAUGGUGGCUAGGGCUGCGGCGAUUAGUCGGUAUAAUCGACAAUGUCGAUUAUUUAAAUUUGUCGACUACACAUUUCAUUGUCAACUAAUCGUUAAUCUGUAACAGUACCGCAUUACACAAAGUGCAGGGGACAGAAGCGCAAUGGGAGAUGGGUAAAUAGUUUGCUCACAGUUUACAAUCAACUUUUAAAUAACAUUCAGAUAUUUAAAUGCCAUUUAAAUCUCAUGUUCUGCUGUUACGAUCGUUUUUAGAGAUGGCAGAAAUAAUCGCUGACUAGUCGACUAAUCGAAAAAAAAAAAAUAAUAAUAAUCCUGAGAUUAGUCGACUACCAAAAUAAUCAUUAGUUGCAGCCCUAAUGGUGGCGCUACAAUCAAACUAAAAGCGUACACCACAGAUUUAAAUUAAAAUAAAAAUUUAAAUUCGGACACCAGUAUUUUAUUCUCUUCGGUAUCGUAGAGAGUAUCAAGUCUUGCGAUAUAUCGAGCAGAAUCACAGUAUUGUGGUAUCUUAUAUCAUUAUCGUGAGCUGCCCUGUGAUUCCCACCCCUUUCUAACAACGCAGCAUUCCCUAGAAAUGGUAUUGUUAUACACAUCCUGCUUACUCAGAAGCAGUGAUUGUGAUUGGUUUGCUGAGCCUCGUGUUCCAGCGACCAGUGCACAAAUAUAAACGCUUAGCGCAGCUUAACCACACUUAACUCACUACUUCCACAGGCUAUGCUGAAGACGAUACAUUGACUCACUAAAUAAGGAAUAUUCCACAUUAAAUAUUCCACAUUGAAGGAUGAUUCACUUGUCAAGAGACCAUUAUCAUUACAGGGUAUAUUUGACUUGAUUAGUGUUGUCUGGAGCCAGGCUUCAAGGGGACAGAUUCAAGGUCAGCUGGUCACCCAACACUCACUCACUGUAAUCCACAUUUUACCCUCUUUCCUUUUAGAAACCAGAUCCAGACACAACAAAAGCCAGACUGUUUAAACAAUAUACAAGCAGGGUCGCAAAACAAAGAGUCAGACACAUGCAGGUGCACAGGGACUGCGACGCGUUGAUGAAACUGUGAGGUGUGAUGAAUCAGGAGUGCAGAAAGGUGGCGCUGAAGUGCAGAAGCUCUGGAAUGUCCAAAUAGUGAUAACCAAAUAGGCAAGGUUUUAACGUAGCUGUGUUUUGUACUAAUAGGCGCACUAACAGGAAGGCUGCUGGACGUUUUACGGCUUCAGGAAUACAGGCGUGUCUCCGAGUGUAUUAUUAUUCGCAAAAUCGGGCAUUUGUCAUUGAUGUUUAGUUUAUUUGAUUUUUAUUUAUUUUCCUUUUUUUUUUUCUCUCUUUUCAGUUUUGUCAGCCAUGUUUUAUUCUUUUCCUCUGUUGACCAUAGCUGAUCAGCGGUUUCCAAAGCUUUAAUCCAGUUAGUCCUGGUCCUGAUGGACACUCCCAUAUCCCUGCACAUUUUAGUGUUCGCCCUGCUCCCAGAACAUCUGAUAAUCCAGCUAAUAUAAAAUAAUCUGAGCUAAUCCGCUCAUUAAUAAGCCUUUUUUUCUGAGGUGAGAGUUGUGUGUUUUGGAGCAGGUUGGCACUAAAAUAAAAAAGCCAGAGAUCCACAGCACUGUAGACACUUCUGUAGAGCCUGUAGACCAGGUGAUGAAGAUGGUUCUAAAGGUUCCUGUUGGUUUCCUUUUGGUGUUACUUCUGAUGGGAUUGCAGAAUGAGGAGAAGAGGGUUUGGUGUUCAUUUUUAACUGAUGGAUUUGUAGCGUGGUGGUGGUGGUAAUGGUGAUAAUGAUGAGAAUGAUGAUUAUAAAGAUGAUGAUGAUGAUUUUCCUUUGUUUUAACAUAUUGCAAACUUGCAAACAAGGAUCAUCUGGUGUUAAACAUCUAUUAUUCUCAUUUUCCCAACACUUUUCCCAAACACUCGUUUAAAGUCAUUUGAUCUGAUAAAAGUGUCGGUUAUUUAGCUUUUUCACUAGAUAAUACUCAACCAAUGAUGUUUUCCCAGGAGAAAAUGUCUAGAUUUGCUUAAAAACGAGAAAUAUAAAAAAAACGUCUAUUUAAACUGAAUUUCUGACGAUUUCACAAGUCAAGUGGCAUAAACACCAGAUUUCCUUUUUUGUAGUGCAUUUUGGACUGAUUAUGGUUUAAAGAACUUGUAUGGAGAUGAGGUGGAGAUGAGCAGGGGAUGAUAAAGACGA